AUCCGGAUUGUAUUUCCGCCAUUAUUGUAAAACUUGUUCAACGGGUAUUCAAAUAGCAGACGACAGUCGAAUACUGAAUAGAGCAGGUAAAUACAGUGAAUAUACUACACCUGAACGGAUUUAAGAGGUGAAAUAUAACGUAGAAUUGUUCAGACGUGACCGUUCAUGUUAAAUUGUUGUCGUAUUAGAUAAAUAUAUGGUGAAUAAUACAUAGCUUGGAAUGUUUGUGAUAAUUUGUUUCUGAUUUGUGGAUUACGAAUUAAAAUCAAUGGCUUCCAACGGAGAGGCGAUGUCCCACCCUGUAUGGGGGACAGAACAAGUGAGUUUGAAGGAUUUUUUGAUGACCUAUGAAGUGCCAGGUAUUUCUAAGGUUGUUAAGGGACAGUUUAUGAAUAUCGGGGCAUCCAAAUUCAGUCCUUUGAAAAAGCUUCACCAGGAUGUGCUGGUACACUCGAUUAAAACUGGAUUUAAGAUACUGGGUCACAGUGUUGCUCGCAUUGAUAGCCGGGACAGACGGACACACAAGCUGGUGGCGCUUGAGCAACGUUUGUCCAUUCCAGUGACCUACAAAGGUUGGUUCGAGCUUGUGUCUGAGAAUGGCAGAUCUGCAAAGCCUAUUGACACUGUUAUGGAACUAGCGAGGCAGUUUCCUACCGUCAACAAUGUCCUUGUGAGACAGAAUGUCAAAGCUUAUUUGGUCAACGACCGGGAUGGAAAGAUGACAUUUGAUGCAACCAAAGUGGUGAUAGCCGGAGAGCAAUUGAAAAUUAUAGGUGACUAUACUAUUGACACCCCGGUCAGUUUACCAGGCAAGGUUCGGUUAUUGAAGUGUAAAGACAUUAAGGGCGAUGACCUCUAUCUCAGUUUUGACCAAACUGGACUGUUUACUCCGAUUGCAAGUGCGACAGACGUUGCUGGAGUUUUCCUUAUAAAGGAUAUUAUGCACCGAUUCCGCUUGCCUCUGACAGUCAAACUAAUCCAAGGAGUAUGGCCAAAGGUAGACUCUAAUAGGUUCACGGGAUUAAUAAGACUAGACUGGGCUUAUACGGAUGAGAAUGCCUUUGUUUGCCCACUGGAUAGAAAUGUUCCCAGGAUAUUUCCCAUUCCAACAGAGGUCAACCUAAGACUAGUUUCUGCUGUGAAUAACGAGGAGUUGAAAGCAAAUGAGGCAUAUACAAACAUUAUGGUGAAGUGUAACCGUCUGAUUGCGAACUAUCACAACACUAUACAUCUGAUAAUAUCUGUGCCCGAGAGCGCAAUGAAGACUAAAAGCCACACAAUGGCCAACAUCUACUCCGAUACGAAUACAAAAGUUACCGCACCUGCCAAGCCCUCCAGUCAAAUGAAACGAUCGAAAAGUAAAGAGGAUAUUUUGUUAGACGAGUUGGACGACCUUUAUGGCUACCUUCGAGAGGGCAAACAGCCACCAGUGGAAAAAUUCACUCGGACACGUGAUUCUGACGAGGAAACGUAUUAUGAGGAACCGGAAUUCGAACCGAUGACCAAGUUCAAGUCUCGUCUGGCAAUGCUUGACCGUGGGGAUGUAGUGGGAAGUCAGAAAAACGCCAAUUACAGUUUCGUGGAUCCAAGGUCCGGCUUUGAUGCAAAUCACAACCGCCUAAAUCUUAACGGGCGCCUCCACGACCGGGACUCUCCUCCGGAGCUUCCGCCGAGGCCUUACAAACGCGCAGACUCCGCCCCACAUAUUCAAUCCCUCGUUGUACAAUCCAACGGUCGGGCAAGCCCCGCGGGAUCUGGGUCAAGCCCAGUUCAGCAAAAAAUUGUGACUGUUCAUAAGACGAAGCAAUCGUUUCAGAGACGGAUUUCUAAGGAAAGUUUGGGCAACUCAAAGGGUAGCCGGAGUAGUGAUGAAAAAUACUCAGACUCGAAAGAAAAUCACAGUUCAAAAACAGGAUCUUCAAAACAAAUCGGUCGAAAAAAGUCAAUGCCAUUAUUGUAUUUAUAGCGCUAAGGUUUGGAUAUACUAGUACAGUCGAACCCCGUUGGCUCGAACUCACUUAGCUCGAAGUUCUCCGAGGCUCGAACUUGAUGUUAAAGACCGAUUUCUUUUACUGAAUGUAAGCAUUCCCGCUUGGCUCGAUCUUUACGAGGCUCGAGGUAUUUUCGCCGGUCCAUGGGAGCUCGAACCAACGAGGUUCGACUGUACUAGUAGUUUGUUCCAGACUGAAAAUUGUUAUGGUAAUCUUGCUUUGUCGGCCGAAUAAACCAGAUGAUCAUUAAAUAAGCUGUUCAGAUACAUGUAUAAUGCAGUGUGUUCUUUUAAAAGACAUUGAAGUGCCAAGCAUGUUAAACUAUAUUUUUAUGUGGUAUGAGAGGUGUGGUUAAACACAAUGGUUGCAUUUAUUAUAUAUUAAGCAUCCCUGGGGGCAAUUUCAAUAAAGAUCUUAGUCAAUCGUAGACGUAAAUUGAAAAUAUCUUAUGUCAUAAUACGUUAUUUUGCUACAUAUUUGUGUUAAAGAUGCACUCUUAUUCCCAAAUAAGAUUUACCACAAUUAAUAAUAUUGUUUUAACAUUCCAAAAAGGAUGAAUAAAUGUCGAAAACAAUGGUUCAUAUGAAGGAUACCGAGUUUAAUUUGAAAGAAAUGAGCAUAAAACACGGUACUUCUACCUUAUGAGACCACAGUAAAUCGCAGUAAAUCUUUUAGCAUUCACCAAACAUUUAAUAUCUUUGCGUUUGCUGCUAUUAAAUACAUGGUUACAAUUUUGUUAUCAGUAAUUAAUAUUUUCCAUAAUUGCAUUAUUAAGUAAGAAUUUGAAGGUUUAUCAGUCAAAAUUGAUGUUUGCUAUACAUAUGUAUGCAUUGAUUUUGAAUAAGAGUGUCGCUUUAAUUGAACUUGAGCCAGUAUUAAUUUUUUUUACCAUUUGUGACGUUUAUACAGUUUUAAGAUAAUUAAAGUUAGGACUAAAAUUCUUUAGUGAAACGCUCCCCAGUUUCGAACACAAAUAUGAACAUAUAUGCUACUUAUUUAAGGGAAGAAACAAGUCUCCAUGAAAUAUUUUGGGCGUAUGACUUUAUGUUCAAAUCAUUGUAUACUGCAUACCUAUUCAUGCAAGCAGUUUGAUUUAAGAUCUUAGCUAACAGUAAUAACUUUAUAUCACACAAAAAGUAAAUCUGACAGCCAAACAACUAAGUUGAGUUCGAAAGAAUGCUCACGUCUCUGUAGUUCUAAAACUUAAAAGCUAUCUGACUACAUUUUAUUUAAUUGUUGAAAAGUGUUUGCAUAAAAUAUAUGGCUUAAGACAGGAUACAACUGACAAUGCGACGUGUGUUUAAUUGAAUGGUAAGAUCUUACAAUUGCUGUCACUUUAAAUAUAUAACUCGAGCAUAAUAAUAUUUGUUGAAGGCUAUUACAUAAACUGUGCCUGAGUCAGACAUUAAUGGGAAAUAGCUUAAUGCACUUAAUUACAGCAAUUAAAAUAGUAUUAAUGGCCAGUUUAAGGUAUUAGUUUACAUACUAAAUUGCCAAAAUGUUGCUUGCUUGCAAAAUGAGCCGUUCAGCCAAGCAGUACUUAGGUUAUUUUUUAUAAGUAAAACGUUUCAUUUUGAGUACUAAUAAUAUUCUUUCAAAUGCUCUAUUUUUACUUCAAUUAACCCGCAUUCUUUAGGCGUUUGUAAAUCAGUUUAUAUUUAUUUAUAUAUGUAUAUAAACGCCUAAUUUAUAUGAAUAAUUGCAUGCAUACUGUAACACAUGUGAUGAUUAAUUAAUUUGAUUGCAUUUAAUGUGUAUUUUAAGUCUGUGUGGCUGUAUAAUUUGUUAGAUCGUCUUAAUGGAUAGAAGUUUUUGUGCGGCAGAAAAUGAAGAAAAAAACCAAGAUGGAAUGUUGAUAUUUUGAACAAAGUUGACAUUUUUUGUAACAACAAAAGAUAGCGUGCACGAUGAAGAAAGUUAUACUUGAAAUCUACGACUUCUUUUAAGACAAAUUGCACUAUAUCUUAUGAAUACAUAGGAUUACAUUAUGCGAAAAAUGAUGAAUGGAAAUAUGCAGCUAAUCCAUCAAGACAACCUUACUUCAUGUUACAACAUACAAAUUAUCUUUAAGUAUAAAGUAUCAGGAACAGAGCGGAUUAAUUAUUACUCGGUUUAAUCUUUAACCAUCAUAUAUAGUAUUGAUCAUUUGGCCGUUCAUCAGAUCGAUGACAUUCUUUUUGUGACAGCUGGGUUUUUAUUGUGUAUCAGGCAUUUAAUUAACUUAUCCAUUGAUCUAAUAGAAAUAACAAAUUACUGGCCUAGAAGUCGAUAUUUCUUGCAAUAGUUUUGAAUGAAUCGCGGUCAGUAUUGCUUUAAGAUGAUGAUUUAUUAAUUAAUUGAUGAAUAGGUUUUGAACACAUCUUAUUUCAAAGAAAUGAGUUCCUGUCUGAAUAUCAAUAUAUAAAAUACAAACCAGAUAUAUAAAGGCCAAUGUUAAGACGUUAAAGAAUCAUUCGGGGUUUAGUUCAAUUUUCCAUUCUUACUCUUCUUUUCACAUUUAAAAUCGGAUUCAAUUAUUAAAUACACACUUGCAAAGAGUCCAUGUAUGAACGAAAAAAUACUUUCUUUCAAAUCUUAGCAGUUUAAAAAUCACAACCUUUUAAUACUUCCCCUAUCUGAUUGGAACUAGAAAAUGCUUGAUAAACAUUCUUGGAGUUAUCGAAGGUUUUCUCUGUGAAAUAGAAAUGAAUUUUUAACAGCAUUUUAUUUAUUUAUUUUAUUGAAAUUACAUUUUUUGUCAAGCGUAUUUUUUCAACAGAAAUAUACUUGUCUAUCCAGUUGUUAUUUACAAAAAUUGAAUACACAAAAAUCGUUAUUCAAACCUGCAAUUAGUCAUUUAAUUUCGUGAGUAAAUUGCACUGAAAACUUGAAGUAAUAUUCUUUUCACAUGAGUGUAGAAUUACAAAUAGUAGAGAAAAUAAUCAGUUUAACAUAGUUCUUUAUUAUUUUAGCUUGGUAACACAAGCAGGGAGAACGCGGUCAAUUUUCAAACUUUGUAAUGAAAUUCAAUCAUGUAAUGUAAACUCUUUGAGUUGAAUAAUUCAGAAAGAAAAAGGAAAUAAUUGGAUUAUUGGCCACUUUGUGGUAGAAAUAACAAACGUUCACACAAACCCAUGUUUAACUUUCAUUUGCAACUUAUUUGUAUUUUUUUAUUUAGGCUAACUUUGUGGUUCAAACUCUUAAACCUUUCUCUAUGAAAAAAACUAUGUGGUUUCAAUUGCUUGUUUUUGAAACAGAUCACAAUAGUUGUAAAUCUCUCUUACUGUUGUAUAAUAAUUCUACCUUAUUCUUAAAGGCCUAGUUUAAGCCUUCUAUAAGUGCCCCCCCCCCCCAAAAAAAAAAAAAAAAAAAAAAAAAAAAACAACAACAAAAAAACAACAAAAAAAAACACACACACACAAACAAAACACAAAAAAACAACAACAGCAACAAACAACUGUGUAUAGUACACAAUUUCGGUUUAUUGAUCUUUAUCUACUUGCCUUGAUCCCUCUUAUCAGAUCUCCGAUCUGAGUAUCUUACUGUGCAGUUUUAGAAGAUUUAUUAUAGAAAUGGCAGUGAGUCAAUAAACGAAUACACAGGAAAUUGGCCCCUAUUGUGACACAAGUGCAAUUUGCAGGAGAUGCACAGCAGGGGAUUAUCAUGCUAAACAUUCCUUAAACUAGGCCUUUAAGAGUAUAACACUUCCUUCUUGAUCAAUUAAACAGUUUACUGAUGCAUGCUGUUAUCGAACAAAGUAUUUUAAAUACGAUGUUUUGUUUAUGAAUGGUGUUUUUCUGUUAUCAUAUUUGUAUAGUUUAUGUUUUUAACAAAUACUUAUAAUAAAUUCUUUAAAUAUA